CUCCCACACCACCACCACUCCAGCCAGAAUUCGAUUGCACUUCUCUCGUAGAUCUUCACCUAAUCAGCAGAAAAAAUGUCGUCGAGCGAGCAAGUGGUGGCGUCGCACAUACUGAUUAAGCACGAAGGAUCCCGGCGGAAGUCGUCCUGGAAGGAUCCCGAUGGCCGCCGCAUCUCCGCCACCACUAGGGACAGCGCCGUCGCGCAGCUCAAAACCUUCCGCGACGAUAUCAUUGCCGGUAAAACGAGGUUCGAUGACGUCGCCUCUCGAUUCUCUGACUGCAGCUCGGCCAAGCGCGGCGGCGAUCUCGGUCCGUUUGGCCGUGGUCAGAUGCAGAAGCCGUUUGAAGAUGCCACAUUCAGUUUGAAGGUUGGUGAGAUUAGUGACAUUAUCGACACUGAUAGCGGGGCCCACAUAAUAAUGAGAACAGGUUGAUUUCAGAUCGGAUAAAGUAGUCAACAUGCCAAAUCAAGACUAUGUGUGUUCUUUAUGCUCUUUAACUUCGCUUAUCUCUGUUUUCUCCCCACGAUAUUAUGAACUUCAUCUAUUGGCAGGUUGUUACGAUAUUUUCUCUACGUGCAUUGUAGUAAAUAAGUUCUCUCCUUUUUGAAGAGUGAACUGAACAGCCCGAAUUCCCUAAUGCUUAGUUCUGAACUUGGAUUAUCUAUUUCGCUUUUCUUGAUUGUUUUUCUU